AUUGGGACGCUAGAUUCUACACAAGAUUAUUAUAGAAAUAUCUGGGCUGUGAAAGUACGUGGAAGUCUACAGGAUGCGAAGCAGUUGUCCUUCAAGCAUGGUUUCGUGUAUGACAAACACGUGAGUUCUUCCACCCUAACUUUGGUUAAAUCUACUCAAAACCCAUUUUAAUAUCACCAUUGUGUCGUUCAAACGCGUAUUGCUAAAAACGGGAACUGCAUUAUGUACCAAGAAGGGAAAACUAGACAAGCCAAGACUUCUCUGCCACUCUAGGCAAGAAUUCCUGGUAGGGGAAAUUCUACAAGUGCUAUGACUUGAAACAGUGAAAAAUUGAAAUGGGGACAAACAGCACAUAAAUGGAUUUAAACUAUGACAGCGAUGAUGGCAAGGCCAAUUACAAUUGUAAAAUACCCACAGGUACAUAGUUUCCCUCUCAAUAUGUGAAACAAAGGGUGUCCGGUCGUUUCACUACUUCAUGAAGUUGAUUCGCAGCAAAGCAUUUUUCGUUUCACCGCAUCAUGAAAUUGGAUUCCUUUCGUAAUAAUAGCUGAGUUGCUUGAAAGUAAAAGGGAAAGGAAUUAACCACUUGUUUCAGCAGCCGAUCGUGGGGAAGGAACGCAUGACGAAGUUCGAAGAACUUCUGCAUGUGGGGCUAGGAGGGUGGUGACACAAGAUUUUUAUAGGAAUUUUCUGUUCAAAGUUACUUAUUUUUUCUGUGUUUUUCGCUGGCCUUUUUGACUGAAUGCAAUUGUUUGACUUUCCUCUGUGCAAGUUAGGUGUCAAAGUUGCUAUUGUAGGGAUAUAGCCAAUAACAUCACAGCUUAACUGACACAUGACCAAUAACACCGCAACUUGAUUGACCAAUCAGAUAAAUAGCCAGAGUUUAUGACCAAUUAACUGACAUGAUACAGCCCACUUUGACUCUGAAAAUGUCUACCACACAGGUUGUUGAAACAUCAGUCACUGUCAACAACAGUCUAUUCAGGAUUAUGCUCACCCAGACAUUCAUGCUUCACUUACUUAUGAAAUGACUCCUGGGCCCAGUUGUUCGAAGGCCGAUUAGCGCUUUCUUUUUCUUGUGUUCAGAAGCAUUUUCUCGCAUAGUUUCCUCUGCUAUUUUUUAGAGCUUCCAAUUGUCAACUUGUAGACAAAAAGAAUUAAAACUGAAAUGCUUUCUCAGCUUUCAAAUCUGAAUUCAAAUUUCGCACUAACCCUGGGUUAUCUUAACCCAACUUUGAACAACUCGGCCCUGGGUUCAAAUCUUUCACAUUGUCAGGGGCCUUUUUGCACGUAGGCAGUUAGAGAAAGAUGAGGUGUGAAUUUAAUGUAAAUAAAUAUAAUUGUGAGUUAUUUAAUUUACACCACAUGACAUGUACUUAAAUAAAAUUUAUUUCAGUACAUGUCAUGACUAAUUUGACUGAACUGUUCUCAGCUUUUUGAGGACUAUCACAUUUUUAAAAGAACAGAAUUAGAAGAAACACCAGAAAAGACUGCUGAGUCAGUGGAUGUUGACAGAAUAUUAGAUGGUGAACCAAAGGUAACGUGCAGUAAUAAUAACAAGUAACUUUGCUUCCAUUCCGUAAUGUCUGCUUCAGGAGACAUUGAUUGUUGAACCACCACCUAAUAUCAAUACCAAUGCCCCCCUCCCUUACCCCUGAUAGACACAAAACGACCCAUUUCCCAAUAGACCUAUUCAGCUAACUCAAUGUUGUACCCAAUUCAAACCCUUUGGGAAUAAAACGUUUUGUUUCAGGAAUUUCCAUAUCAUUUAAAUGUGAAUGCCACAUUAUAACGCAAAUACAAUACACAAAGAAUCUUAACCCCAGGAGAUUUGAAUUGGGUACAACAUUGCGUUAGCCGAAUAGGUCUAUUUCCCAAAUUAUAACCAUACCUGAGGGGGGGGGGGGCACCCCCUUAUUUAGCCUACAAUCCUGGACAAAACUACUUGAGAAAAUGUUUUCAUUAAUGUGCACUACCUAACGCAACAAAACUACUUCUAAAUCAACGGCUUUGCGUAAAGAAAACCCCCUCCCCCAGUUCAAAGUUGCUUCCUACAAAUGCUUAGGGAUCCGGCUUUCUUUUGAAGACCCAACAACACUGCUUCCAGGGGGAGAGGGGGAGGGAAGAAUGGGUCGGCUACGAAGUUUAGAAAAAAUGACCCCCAAGAAGGCAAUUUUCUCAACAGUUUUGUCCAAGAUUGUAUAUAAGGUGAUUCGCGUUUUUUAGCAAGAAUAUUAACACGGACAAAACGGAAACCUACCAAUAAAAAGCACUUUACAGAAGCUCCUUUAAGCACAAAGUUUCACGGCACACCAUCUUCUCAUAGAAAAGUACCACCUCAUACACGUUUUUGGCUGUACCCUCUUAAAACAGUAAGAUUUUGCGAUAGCCGUAGAACGCGUGCUCAUUGUUACAUGUUUUCGUGUUGUUCAAACCUGGCAGGCUUGGAAAGUGUGGAAAGUGAUUUAUAGUUUUCAGAAGAGUCAGGAAAAGACUUGGAUGACGGUUUUCUUAGAAGAAAAAGAAGUUCGUAGUGUUUAUUUAGUGACGUAUAGUGAAGCCAAUAUGGAAACGUAUCCCGUCACGUGGAAACUGCUUCUCAGAUCCUAAAAUUCGCUAAACUAUGAAGGUUACAGAAACCUCGUUUGCUACAAAUCGGUUAACUUUUUAUAAUAAUUCCAUGGAUAGAAUAAUGUUACGAUUAACAAAGCAUUGAAACGGUUAACACCAUUUCGUUGUUAAAAGUAAAUGACCUUCUGAUUCUUUUCAAACAUCCUUGUUAAUCGUUGUUAACCGUUGCGAAUCUUGGUAGCACCCUAAAAAUGUCCUGUUAAUCGUUCCGAAUCUUAGAUAUUGUGGAGAGAAAGAGAUUAGAAGACAACUAUGGCAAUUUUUACUAUCUCUUGCUUUACAAAUGAUGAAUUUAUCUCAUAAUUUCUUCCAGUCAUAUGUAAGCUAUAAAUAGCCCGAGGGCAAAACAUGCACUCUUACAGGUCACACGAUAGUACAUCUUGUCACGUUACCGCGCGUGACAUUUCUAGAUUUCAUAGUGUGAUUUUUUGCACUGCACAUCGCUACAGUGUCAAAAGUAAGCUUUCAAAUUUGGAAAGUAAAAAUACAAGUUUUGUUAAUAUUUCAUCCUCUCUCCAUUUGAUGCUGUUAUUUAAUGGCAAGCGCUUGUUCACUGACUUUGAUUGUUUUAUCUAUUUCGCCGAUGGGAAAAUUGUUCAAAGUAUGGGUCACGCGCUCUGAAAUGUCAGCAAAAGUUUCAUGUGUUAUUUGUUGGUCGAAUCGUAGCAGGUGAAAUUCCCGUUUUCUGGCUAAUCUCCUUGACGGAGACGUCCUUCUCGUCCGCCAAAACCGUAAUGUAUGCCUGCUCCGCUGCACUCAAAGCGCGCGUAAAAACCCUGCGUGGAAAAUGAAAUUCACAGACGUUCACGAUUGGUUACUUGAAUCAAGAAAGACAUCCAAGUUGAUUUUCUUGUCAUCGCCUCCUCUGUUGUCACUUAUUUUCCAGUAAUUAUCUACUUUUCUGUGAAUUGUACGAAAAAAUAAAGAACAGAUUUAUGUGCCCGCAUUAAAUGCUCAAAAUCGACUUUUCCAGUCAAAUACAAUCCUGGACAAAACUACUUGAGAAAAUGUUUUCAUUAAUGUGCACUACCUAACGCAACAAAACUACUUCUAAAUCAACGGCUUUGCGUAAAAAAACCCCCUCCCCAGUUCAAAGUUGCUUCCUACAAAUGCUUAGGGAUCCGGCUUUCUUUUGAAGACCCAACAACACUGCUUCCAGGGGAGAGGGGAGGGAAGAAUGGGUCGGCUACGAAGUUUAGAAAAAAAACCCCCAAGAAGGCAAUUUUCUCAACAGUUUUGUCCAAGAUUGUAUAUAAGGUGAUUCGCGUUUUUAGCAAGAAUAUUAACACGGACAAAACGGAAACCUACCAAUAAAAAGCACUUUACAGAAGCUCCUUUAAGCACAAAGUUUCACGGCACACCAUCUUCUCAUAGAAAAGUACCACCUCAUACACGUUUUUGGCUGUACCCUCUUAAAACAGUAAGAUUUUGCGAUAGCCGUAGAACGCGUGCUCAUUGUUACAUGUUUUCGUGUUGUUCAAACCUGGCAGGCUUGGAAAGUGUGGAAAGUGAUUUAUAGUUUUCAGAAGAGUCAGGGAAAAGACUUGGAUGACGGUUUUCUUAGAAGAAAAGAAGUUCGUAGUGUUUAUUUAGUGACGUAUAGUGAAGCCAAUAUGGAAACGUAUCCCGUCACGUGGAAACUGCUUCUCAGAUCCUAAAAUUCGCUAAACUAUGAAGGUUACAGAAACCUCGUUUGCUACAAAUCGGUUAACUUUUUAUAAUAAUUCCAUGGAUAGAAUAAUGUUACGAUUAACAAAGCAUUGAAACGGUUAACACCAUUUCGUUGUUAAAAGUAAAUGACCUUCUGAUUCUUUUCAAACAUCCUUGUUAAUCGUUGUUAACCGUUGCGAAUCUUGGUAGCACCCUAAAAAUGUCCUGUUAAUCGUUCCGAAUCUUAGAUAUUGUGGAGAGAAAGAGAUUAGAAGACAACUAUGGCAAUUUUUACUAUCUCUUGCUUUACAAAUGAUGAAUUUAUCUCAUAAUUUCUUCCAGUCAUAUGUAAGCUAUAAAUAGCCCGAGGGCAAAACAUGCACUCUUACAGGUCACACGAUAGUACAUCUUGUCACGUUACCGCGCGUGACAUUUCUAGAUUUCAUAGUGUGAUUUUUUGCACUGCACAUCGCUACAGUGUCAAAAGUAAGCUUUCAAAUUUGGAAAGUAAAAAUACAAGUUUUGUUAAUAUUUCAUCCUCUCUCCAUUUGAUGCUGUUAUUUAAUGGCAAGCGCUUGUUCACUGACUUUGAUUGUUUUAUCUAUUUCGCCGAUGGGAAAAUUGUUCAAAGUAUGGGUCACGCGCUCUGAAAUGUCAGCAAAAGUUUCAUGUGUUAUUUGUUGGUCGAAUCGUAGCAGGUGAAAUUCCCGUUUUCUGGCUAAUCUCCUUGACGGAGACGUCCUUCUCGUCCGCCAAAACCGUAAUGUAUGCCUGCUCCGCUGCACUCAAAGCGCGCGUAAAAACCCUGCGUGGAAAAUGAAAUUCACAGACGUUCACGAUUGGUUACUUGAAUCAAGAAAGACAUCCAAGUUGAUUUUCUUGUCAUCGCCUCCUCUGUUGUCACUUAUUUUCCAGUAAUUAUCUACUUUUCUGUGAAUUGUACGAAAAAAUAAAGAACAGAUUUAUGUGCCCGCAUUAAAUGCUCAAAAUCGACUUUUCCAGUCAAAUACAAUCCUGGACAAAACUACUUGAGAAAAUGUUUUCAUUAAUGUGCACUACCUAACGCAACAAAACUACUUCUAAAUCAACGGCUUUGCGUAAAGAAAACCCCCUCCCCCAGUUCAAAGUUGCUUCCUACAAAUGCUUAGGGAUCCGGCUUUCUUUUGAAGACCCAACAACACUGCUUCCAGGGGGAGAGGGGAGGGAAGAAUGGGUCGGCUACGAAGUUUAGAAAAAAAUGACCCCCAAGAAGGCAAUUUUCUCAACAGUUUUGUCCAAGAUUGUAUAUAAGGUGAUUCGCGUUUUUAGCAAGAAUAUUAACACGGACAAAACGGAAACCUACCAAUAAAAAGCACUUUACAGAAGCUCCUUUAAGCACAAAGUUUCACGGCACACCAUCUUCUCAUAGAAAAGUACCACCUCAUACACGUUUUUGGCUGUACCCUCUUAAAACAGUAAGAUUUUGCGAUAGCCGUAGAACGCGUGCUCAUUGUUACAUGUUUUCGUGUUGUUCAAACCUGGCAGGCUUGGAAAGUGUGGAAAGUGAUUUAUAGUUUUCAGAAGAGUCAGGAAAAGACUUGGAUGACGGUUUUCUUAGAAGAAAAGAAGUUCGUAGUGUUUAUUUAGUGACGUAUAGUGAAGCCAAUAUGGAAACGUAUCCCGUCACGUGGAAACUGCUUCUCAGAUCCUAAAAUUCGCUAAACUAUGAAGGUUACAGAAACCUCGUUUGCUACAAAUCGGUUAACUUUUUAUAAUAAUUCCAUGGAUAGAAUAAUGUUACGAUUAACAAAGCAUUGAAACGGUUAACACCAUUUCGUUGUUAAAAGUAAAUGACCUUCUGAUUCUUUUCAAACAUCCUUGUUAAUCGUUGUUAACCGUUGCGAAUCUUGGUAGCACCCUAAAAAUGUCCUGUUAAUCGUUCCGAAUCUUAGAUAUUGUGGAGAGAAAGAGAUUAGAAGACAACUAUGGCAAUUUUUACUAUCUCUUGCUUUACAAAUGAUGAAUUUAUCUCAUAAUUUCUUCCAGUCAUAUGUAAGCUAUAAAUAGCCCGAGGGCAAAACAUGCACUCUUACAGGUCACACGAUAGUACAUCUUGUCACGUUACCGCGCGUGACAUUUCUAGAUUUCAUAGUGUGAUUUUUUGCACUGCACAUCGCUACAGUGUCAAAAGUAAGCUUUCAAAUUUGGAAAGUAAAAAUACAAGUUUUGUUAAUAUUUCAUCCUCUCUCCAUUUGAUGCUGUUAUUUAAUGGCAAGCGCUUGUUCACUGACUUUGAUUGUUUUAUCUAUUUCGCCGAUGGGAAAAUUGUUCAAAGUAUGGGUCACGCGCUCUGAAAUGUCAGCAAAAGUUUCAUGUGUUGUUUUGUUGGUCGAAUCGUAGCAGGUGAAAUUCCCGUUUUCUGGCUAAUCUCCUUGACGGAGACGUCCUUCUCGUCCGCCAAAACCGUAAUGUAUGCCUGCUCCGCUGCACUCAAAGCGCGCGUAAAAACCCUGCGUGGAAAAUGAAAUUCACAGACGUUCACGAUUGGUUACUUGAAUCAAGAAAGACAUCCAAGUUGAUUUUCUUGUCAUCGCCUCCUCUGUUGUCACUUAUUUUCCAGUAAUUAUCUACUUUUCUGUGAAUUGUACGAAAAAAAUAAAGAACAGAUUUAUGUGCCCGCAUUAAAUGCUCAAAAUCGACUUUUCCAGUCAAAUACAAUCCUGGACAAAACUACUUGAGAAAAUGUUUUCAUUAAUGUGCACUACCUAACGCAACAAAACUACUUCUAAAUCAACGGCUUUGCGUAAAGAAAACCCCCUCCCCCAGUUCAAAGUUGCUUCCUACAAAUGCUUAGGGAUCCGGCUUUCUUUUGAAGACCCAACAACACUUCUUCCAGGGGAGAGGGGAGGGAAGAAUGGGUCGGCUACGAAGUUUAGAAAAAAUGACCCCCAAGAAGGCAAUUUUCUCAACAGUUUUGUCCAAGAUUGUAUAUAAGGUGAUUCGCGUUUUUAGCAAGAAUAUUAACACGGACAAAACGGAAACCUACCAAUAAAAAGCACUUUACAGAAGCUCCUUUAAGCACAAAGUUUCACGGCACACCAUCUUCUCAUAGAAAAGUACCACCUCAUACACGUUUUUUUGGCUGUACCCUCUUAAAACAGUAAGAUUUUGCGAUAGCCGUAGAACGCGUGCUCAUUGUUACAUGUUUUCGUGUUGUUCAAACCUGGCAGGCUUGGAAAG